AUGAAAAAUGAAAUUGUGAAAGACGAAGAAGAAGCUUAUACCUUAUAUUGUGAAUAUGCACAUUCCAAAGAUUUUGGUGUACGAAAGGAUAAACUAUAUUAUUUUCAAGGUAGUUCAGUGAUUAGACAAAAGCGUUUCGUAUGUUAUAGACAUGGAGAGAAAGAAGAAAGGCCAAGAAAAUCCAAUAAGGCAUCUUUCAAUCAUAUAGAUACGCGAUCAAAUUAUCCUGCAAUGAUAAGCUUUAAGCGUCAAACUCCUAAUAAUCCUUUCAUGGUGGAUAGAUUUGUUAUGGAGCAUAACCAUGAGAUGGCUUCCCCAAAAAAGCGACACUUGCUAAGAUCAGCUCGUUCGAUAACUAAAACCAAAAAGUUAGUUAUUGAAAAUACGAUUAAUGCUGGUAUAAAACCAAUCGCAACUUAUUCUUACUUGGUAGAAGAAACUGGAAGGGAUGAUGUUUUAGGCUAUUCAAAGAAGGAUUGUUUCAAUUUUAUACAUCAGUUAAUGAAAUCUAAAGUGGAAGCUGAAGAUGCUCAAAGUGUUGUUAAUGAAUUUAAUAAUAGACAGCGAAUGAUACUCUUUUUUAUUGGAAUGUUCAACUUGAUCCUGAAGGACGUAUAG